ACUGCUGCACAUUGCUGGAACAGAUAUCCAGAGAUUCUGACGGUUGUGGUUGGUACUCAUGACUUAAGCAAGAGUAAAAUUUUGGACCGCAUCAGAGUGAAGCAUUACUUCCCACAUCCAAAAUCCAGACCCAGACCUUAUCAGAAUGACAUCAUGCUUUUGAUGCUAUAUAAAAAGAUAAAUCUAAACAACCAUGUUAAAUGGAUAUCAUUACCAAAGAAAGAAGAAGAUGUUACAGCAAAUCAUUUCUGUAGUGUUACGGUCUGGGGAAGACUGCGGACUAAUGGCCCACUGAGUACUCGUCUAAAGGAGGCAAACGUGUUUAUAGAAAAUCAUGCAGAGUGUCACCAUAGAUGGGGAAAUGAGUACAUAGACUCACAGAUGAUCUGUGUCUAUGGCAGUGGUGGAUCCUGCGAAUAUGAUUCAGGAGGUCCUCUGGUUUGUGGAAACAUUGCAGUUGGUAUCACAUCUUUUGGUGACAUUUCUCACUGUAAUUCACCUGUGAAACCUAAUGUGUAUACCAAGAUUUCAGCUUUUCUUCCAUGGAUCCAGCAAACCAUCAGAAAUGUUAAGUGA